UUGCACCCCUAGCCCAGGGCUCCAAGGACCACCCCCCUCCCCAGGCGCCACCAUGCUGGACCCUUCGUCCAGCGAAGAGGAAUCGGAUGAGAUCGUGGAGGAGGAAAGCGGCAAGGAGGUUCUUGGCUCGGCCGCGUCCGGCGCGCGCCUGUCCCCCAGCCGCACCAGCGAGGGCUCCGGCGGCGUUAGCGGCGCCGGGCUUGGGGGUGGCUGCGGUGCAGGCGCCGGAGCCGGGGUGGGCGCCGGCGGCGGUGGGGGCAGCGGCGCAAGCAGCGGCGGCGGGGCCGGGGGGCUGCAGCCCAGCAGUCGCGCCGGUGGCGGUCGGCCCUCCAGCCCCAGCCCGUCGGUGGUGAGCGAGAAAGAGAAGGAGGAGUUGGAGCGGCUGCAGAAGGAGGAGGAGGAGAGGAAGAAGAGGCUGCAGCUCUAUGUGUUCGUGAUGCGCUGCAUCGCCUAUCCCUUCAACGCCAAGCAGCCCACCGACAUGGCUCGCCGGCAGCAGAAGAUCAGCAAACAGCAGCUGCAGACAGUCAAGGACCGGUUUCAGGCUUUCCUCAAUGGGGAAACCCAGAUUGUGGCUGAUGAAGCCUUCAUGAAUGCUGUCCAGAGUUACUAUGAGGUGUUCCUGAAGAGUGACCGUGUGGCCCGUAUGGUGCAGAGUGGGGGCUGCUCUGCCAAUGACUCCAGAGAGGUCUUCAAGAAGCACAUCGAGAAGAGGGUGCGCAGCCUGCCUGAGAUUGAUGGGCUUAGCAAGGAGACUGUGCUGAGCUCCUGGAUGGCCAAGUUUGAUGCCAUCUACCGUGGGGAAGAGGACCCCAGGAAGCAGCAGGCCCGGAUGACAGCCAGUGCAGCCUCCGAGCUGAUUCUGAGCAAGGAGCAGCUCUAUGAGAUGUUCCAGAACAUUCUGGGGAUCAAGAAGUUCGAACAUCAGCUCUUAUACAAUGCAUGCCAGCUGGACAAUCCAGAUGAGCAAGCAGCCCAGAUCAGACGAGAGCUGGAUGGACGUCUCCAAAUGGCAGACCAAAUAGCCAGGGAGCGCAAAUUUCCCAAGUUUGUAUCCAAAGAAAUGGAGAACAUGUACAUCGAGGAGCUGAAGUCAUCAGUCAACCUGCUCAUGGCCAACUUGGAGAGCAUGCCAGUGUCCAAAGGCGGCGAGUUCAAGCUGCAGAAACUCAAACGCAGCCACAAUGCUUCCAUCAUCGACAUGGGUGAGGAGAGUGAGAACCAGCUCUCCAAAUCAGACGUUGUGCUGUCUUUCUCCCUGGAGGUGGUGAUCAUGGAAGUCCAAGGCCUCAAAUCCUUGGCUCCCAAUCGCAUUGUAUAUUGCACAAUGGAGGUGGAAGGAGGAGAGAAACUACAGACUGACCAGGCUGAGGCUUCUAAACCAACCUGGGGCACCCAGGGUGACUUCUCGACGACCCACGCACUGCCAGCUGUGAAGGUGAAACUGUUCACAGAGAGCACAGGGGUCCUGGCCUUGGAGGACAAGGAGCUCGGACGGGUUAUUCUCCAUCCCACCCCAAACAGCCCCAAACAGUCAGAGUGGCACAAAAUGACAGUCUCCAAAAACUGCCCUGAUCAAGACCUCAAAAUCAAACUUGCUGUCCGAAUGGAUAAGCCUCAGAACAUGAAGCAUUCUGGGUAUUUAUGGGCCAUUGGUAAGAAUGUCUGGAAGAGAUGGAAGAAAAGGUUUUUUGUACUGGUUCAGGUCAGUCAGUACACAUUUGCCAUGUGCAGUUAUCGGGAGAAAAAAGCGGAGCCUCAGGAACUUCUACAACUGGAUGGCUACACUGUGGACUACACGGACCCCCAGCCAGGUUUAGAGGGUGGCCGAGCCUUCUUCAAUGCAGUCAAAGAAGGAGACACCGUGAUAUUUGCAAGUGAUGACGAGCAAGAUCGCAUCUUGUGGGUCCAAGCCAUGUAUCGGGCCACUGGGCAGUCACACAAGCCUGUGCCCCCGACCCAAGUCCAGAAGCUCAACGCUAAGGGAGGGAACGUGCCUCAGCUGGAUGCCCCCAUCUCCCAAUUUUACGCAGAUAGAGCUCAAAAACAUGGCAUGGAUGAAUUUAUCUCUUCCAACCCCUGUAACUUUGACCACGCUUCCCUCUUUGAGAUGGUGCAACGCCUUACUUUGGAUCACAGACUUAAUGAUUCGUAUUCUUGCCUGGGCUGGUUCAGUCCUGGCCAGGUGUUUGUCCUAGACGAGUAUUGCGCCCGAAAUGGAGUCCGAGGGUGUCACCGACAUCUCUGCUACCUCAGAGACUUGCUUGAACGGGCAGAAAAUGGCGCCAUGAUUGACCCCACCCUCCUCCACUACAGCUUUGCCUUCUGUGCAUCCCAUGUCCACGGGAACAGGCCUGAUGGAAUUGGAACAGUGACUGUUGAAGAGAAGGAACGUUUUGAAGAAAUCAAAGAGAGACUCCGAGUUCUGCUGGAAAAUCAGAUUACACAUUUUAGGUAUUGCUUUCCAUUUGGUCGACCUGAAGGUGCUUUAAAAGCUACUCUAUCACUCUUGGAAAGGGUUUUGAUGAAAGAUAUCGUGACCCCAGUACCACAAGAGGAGGUAAAAACAGUCAUCCGGAAAUGUCUAGAGCAGGCUGCUUUAGUCAACUAUUCCCGGCUAUCAGAAUAUGCUAAAAUCGAAGAGAAUCAAAAGGAUGCAGAAAAUGUAGGCCGGUUAAUCACUCCUGCCAAAAAGCUGGAAGACACAAUCCGCCUUGCUGAGCUAGUCAUUGAGGUUCUCCAACAGAAUGAGGAGCACCACGCAGAGCCACAUGUUGAUAAAGGAGAAGCCUUCGCGUGGUGGUCAGACUUGAUGGUGGAGCAUGCCGAGACGUUCCUGUCACUUUUUGCAGUGGACAUGGAUGCAGCAUUAGAGGUUCAGCCCCCAGACACGUGGGACAGUUUUCCACUGUUUCAACUGCUGAAUGAUUUUCUCCGUACCGACUAUAAUUUGUGCAAUGGAAAAUUUCACAAACACCUGCAAGACCUGUUUGCCCCACUUGUGGUUAGAUAUGUGGAUUUGAUGGAGUCCUCAAUUGCACAAUCCAUUCACAGGGGCUUUGAGCGGGAGUCAUGGGAACCAGUCAAGAGUUUAACCAGUAACCUACCCAAUGUGAACCUACCCAAUGUGAACCUUCCCAAAGUACCAAAUCUACCAGUUAACAUCCCUCUAGGCAUCCCACAAAUGCCUACUUUUUCGGCACCGUCAUGGAUGGCUGCUAUAUAUGAUGCUGAUAAUGGAUCAGGCACUUCAGAAGAUCUGUUCUGGAAACUCGAUGCCCUUCAGACCUUCAUUCGGGAUUUGCACUGGCCUGAGGAAGAGUUUGGAAAGCACCUAGAACAACGGCUGAAGCUGAUGGCAAGUGACAUGAUUGAAUCUUGUGUCAAAAGAACCAGGAUUGCAUUUGAAGUUAAGCUGCAAAAAACCAGUCGAUCAACAGAUUUUCGAGUCCCACAGUCAAUAUGCACCAUGUUUAAUGUUAUGGUUGAUGCCAAAGCUCAAUCAACAAAACUUUGCAGCAUGGAAAUGGGCCAAGAGCAUCAAUACCAUUCAAAAAUAGAUGAACUAAUUGAAGAAACUGUUAAAGAAAUGAUAACACUCUUGGUUGCAAAGUUUGUUACUAUCUUGGAAGGAGUACUGGCAAAAUUAUCCAGAUAUGACGAAGGGACUUUGUUUUCUUCUUUUUUGUCAUUUACCGUGAAGGCAGCUUCCAAAUAUGUGGAUGUACCUAAACCCGGGAUGGACGUGGCCGACGCCUAUGUGACUUUCGUCCGCCACUCUCAGGAUGUCCUUCGUGAUAAGGUCAAUGAGGAGAUGUAUAUAGAAAGGUUAUUUGAUCAAUGGUACAACAGCUCCAUGAACGUGAUCUGCACCUGGUUGACGGACCGGAUGGACUUACAGCUUCACAUUUAUCAGUUGAAAACACUAAUUAGGAUGGUAAAGAAAACGUAUAGAGAUUUCCGAUUGCAAGGGGUCCUGGACUCAACCUUAAACAGCAAGACGUACGAAACCAUCCGGAACCGGCUCACUGUGGAAGAAGCCACGGCAUCAGUGAGCGAGGGUGGGGGCCUGCAGGGGAUCAGCAUGAAGGACAGCGAUGAGGAAGACGAGGAAGACGACUAGAAUACUAGGGCCUGGAGUCCUCUAGGACAAAGUCCUGUAACCAAUGCAUGUCCUUAGUCUGUUAGUUAACCCCACUAGGGAAUUUUCUGUCAACUACCAUGCUCAUGAAAUGUUUACCAAUACAAUUGCCAUUUUAGCUAUGUGGUUCCAAGAUUAGCAAAUGACCUUCGACCCCACUGAUUUCCUGAUUCCAUGUCUGUAUGUUUACAAGCAAUAUGGAGCACCAUUCUUUAAAUACCGUUCAUGGAAAAUACAUAGUCCAACUGCUAGGUGUGUUCCUGUUCUCAGCAGAGUUAAAUGAUGCUUCAUUAAUGUCCUGUGUCUGCAUUGACAGUAAAUGGAUGUGAGGGCGAGUAUACCAAGUAUUUCACUUCUUUGUUUCACAUUACGUGGAUGCCAGUUAUUUAAAUGAGUACAAUGAAUUAAUUUAAUUAAGAUACAUAGAUCUGCUUUGUUUUUUUGGAAAACAAAAGGCAAGGCUCCGGCAAACAACUUUUGGUUCUUUGUGGUCCCCUGAAAUGAAAAAUGAACCCCCGGUUUCCUUGUUAACUCAUCCUUCCAUCGAUCCGCAUAGUUAGCCAGAAAAGGAUGGCUACAUAUCAAUGGAUUGAUCCUCUCAUUUGCCACGGCAAGGGUGAUCCUAUCAUGAGUUAACACCAAGCACAGUUCAGAGCAACUGUCUUCUGUCAAAGUUUAUCCUAUUAAACGUUACAUUUAGCUUUUAUGUUUCAAUAACCGUGUAUGUAAAAAACCUGAAUAUUUAAAUUACCACCCUAGACUCUAAAUGUGUUUAUAAUAAGAUAUGGGUAUUUCCUUCAGUAGAUUGUAACCAUAAUUUAUUUUGUUCCACAGUUUUUUAUAUCUGUUAUGUACAUUGCAUUUUGAUCUGUAACUGCAUGACCCCUCGGGUCCUCUGCAGAGCUAUUUCUUUCUGUGUAAAGUAGUGGAUCCAUCUUGCUUUUGCCUUAUAUAAAGCCUACAGUUAUGAAAGUGUGGAAAACUGUGGCUUCUCAAUAAAUAACUAUUCAAAUGUCCU